CCAUGUACAUUCUGCAGUCUGCACAUAAUUGACAGGCUUCUUGCGGCACCGUGCAAAAGCAGCAUAUUCCGUAGCUUGUCGCUUGCGUCUACUAGCCUCGGCCCCACCACACAAUAUGCACGUGCAUGUAUACGGGGUGUUCGCGUGCAGACUCGUGCCAUACACAUCGACAAGGCGGCAUUGUUUAGUCGACCAGCGAUCGAUGUUGAAGUCCGUCGGGGAAGUAAAUCGUGGUAAGCCGCCGGAGUGGACGAUGGUUUUGUAGUACGAGUUUCCAGUAAUGAGGCGUCUUGCUUGCAGACAUGAUGUUGGGUUGUACAUCAUAUGGCCGACCAAUUGUCCGAAAGAACCCAACACGGGCUGCUUGAUCCAUGGUAUUUUAGGGAGACGCAAUGCCCCCACCCCCAAUCUGUCGCCUAGAAUGGUUGCGGGUCUACGAGGCGUAGGACAGGCCCGACCGGGUAAUAUGGGACAGUCUGGUAUUGUGGGUGAUGGCUUGGCGGACUGCACCCAAGUCGGGGCGUAUGAAGCCUACUCGGAUGAUUUUGGCAAAGAGAGCUGGGUGGAGCUUCUUGACACGCAUGGUCUUGUGUUGGCUUCGAUCUGGACCUGGACUGGGGCUGGGUCUUUCUUCACUAUCGACUGCCACUUUGAUGUCGUCAUCUUGAGCAGGUCCUUGAAGAGGGUAUGGUCGGACGACGACGGGUUUCCGUCCAGAUGAUACAUUGUGUGUGUGUGUUUGGGGAGUUUGUGGAGAAGGAGCAAAAAAAAUAAAAACAAUAGAGGAUAUUGAUGGAGCGGCG